CAGAAGUUUGCUGUUGGUGUUGUUUCAUGUGUUUCUGGUGGAAAUAGGGUUUAUAUUAUUUCCACUGUGGUAGUACAGCGGCAGGUCAGCAUAACAACAGGCCAAUCAAAUUGCUCUGAAAUUGUUCCCUCCCACUUCUUAUCAUUAUAUCAAGAUGAAUUGUCUUCUAAUAUUCUGUAAUUUAACUGCUGUCACACAUAGAAGAUGUUCAUCACGUUUUAUUUGCUGCUGACACUCACUUUAGGACGAUGCACAGAUGAUGUGAUCUUUGAGAUGAAGACUGUUGGUGUUGGAGAUGAUGUGACUCUGACCUGUACCCGCCAGAAAGCUGAACAAAAAACUGCCUUGUUUUGGAUCAGGGUUGUUUCUGGAAACUUACCUGAAUUCUUGGGAGGAACAUAUACCUUUGAUUAUGAGGGUAUUAAUCAGACUCCUCGCAUCACAGCAAAACAAGGACCUGGAACGUUUCUUCUCCAUAUUAAUGAAACAAAGAGAAGUGAUACUGGAGUUUACUACUGUGUAAAAGUACACCAACUUGACAUGAAAUUUCUGAAUGGAACAUUUCUGAGAAUUAAAGGAUCAGAACCUGAUAUCACUGCUGUCAUUCAGGAGCCUCCAUCUGAUUCAGUCCAUCCAGGAGACUCAGUGACUCUGAAGUGUUCAGUCCUCUCUGACCCUGAAGACAAAACAUGUCCAGGAGGUCCCAGUGUGUUCUGGUUCAAAGCUGGAUCAGAUGAGUCUCAUCCCAGUGUCAUUUACACUCAUGGAGACUCUGGUGAUGGAUGUGACAAGAGUCCUGAGGCUCACGCUCCACAGAAAUGUGUCUACAGCUUCUCUAAGAACGUCAGCUCCUCUGAUGCUGGGACUUAUUACUGUGCUGUGGCCACAUGUGGGGAGAUAUUAUUUGGAAAUGGAACAAAACUGGACAUUGAAGCCCCUAACAUGCAGGAGGCCAAUACAGUUCUGCUUCUGUUAUGUGCUGCUUUGGCUCUAAGUCUGAUUGUUAUAACCUGCCUGAUUUUUACCAUCAAGAAAACAUCUUGUGGUUGUUGCAAAGCUCAAACAGCCAGUGGUGACCAGCAAAGUCAGCAGAGAGAUGAGAACUCAUUGGUUUAUUCUGCACCAACCUUCACCAAGAGCAAAGCUGCCAAAUCAGGGAAAAGGAAUGUAAAAACAACUGAAGGAGGGAUAAUCUACUCUGACGUCAGGACUUUUGGAUCUGCCAAUUAAAGCUUUUAUCUUUUAUCUUUUUUUUAUCUUUUGUGAAGCAGGUUACUUCUGAUGACAAUACAAUAUCACUUUCAUCUGCCGUUGGUAACUAUAUUUGAAAAAAAUUUUGAUCUUAAAAACGUUACCAUUUCGACAUUAUGUUUUGUCCAGUCUGAAUUUGUUGUAUGAUUUUAUUAUUAUUAAUAUUAUUAUUAUUUUACUUCUUGUGUUAUAAAAAGAUCUGAAUAUCCAGAUUUUAUCAUUUUAGGCUUUUUGUAACAGUAUUGUCAGUCUGAUAUGUAUGUCUCUGUCAAGUUUCUUUUAUUGUCUUUUAGUUUUAUUAGCCUACCACUUUUUCACCUUAAAGACGACGAGGGUUGAGGAAGGUUUUUAAUCUGUUAUUUAUUCUGCUAUGCAGUUUGAAGUCUGUUAACUUCUACUGUGUAUCAACAAAAUGUAAAAAUUAUUGUACUAAAUAAAACUGAUGUUGGUGUAAAUGAGUUGUUUCCUUCC